UAUCAGCCUCUAGCAGUUGUACAGUUCUCCUUUAUUUGAUAUCAGAGAGCCCAAUGGAGCCUUCUGAAGAACCUAGUCAGAUCGACAAAGAUAACUUUUUAGAAGUUCCUCAUUUAUCUGAUUCCCUUUCUGAAGAUGAAGACGUUAAAGCUAACUUCAAGCCUGGCUUCUCCCCUCAGCCUAGAAGACGGGGUUCUGAUUCUUCUGAAAACGUGUACCUGGACACUCCAUCUUUCGGUGUGAGAAGAGUUUCCUUUGCUGACGCCUUUGGAUUCAAUCUUGUAUCUGUCAAAGAAUUUGAUUGCUGGGAUUUACCGAGUACUUCAACCAAUUUUGACAUAAGGAAGGACAUUUUCCACCCAGAAGAUUAUGUUUUAUCUCCACUAUUUGACUUACCUUCUUCAAAAGAAGAUCUUAUGCAACAACUUCAAAUACGGAAAGCGAUACUGGAGUCAGCCGAGUGUCUUCCCGGGUCUACAUGUAUGAAGGGCAUUAUUCGAGUUUUAAAUAUUUCUUUUGAGAAGUUAGUAUAUGUGAGAAUGUCCUUAGAUGACUGGCAGACACAUUAUGACAUUUUAGCAGAAUAUGUCCCGAAUUCUUGUGAUGGUGAAACUGACCAAUUCUCCUUUAAGAUUUCAUUGGUUCCUCCUUAUCAAAAAGAUGGCAGUAAAGUUGAGUUUUGUAUACGUUAUGAAACUUCUGUUGGUAUAUUUUGGUCAAAUAAUAACGGCACAAAUUAUAUAUUGCUUUGUCAAAAGAAAGAACAAGAGCCGAAAUCUGUAAAACCUCGGGAAGAAGUUCCUAAUAGACAAAUAAGAGGCUGCUUAAAGAUAAAAUCAAGUAAAGAAGAAUCAUCAGUAAUAUCAUAUGAGAAUAACUUUGAGAAUUCAAAGAUUACAGAUACCUAUAUCCCAACAAUUGUUUGUACUCAUGAGGAGAAGGAAGACUUGGAAACCAGUAAUCAAAAUGUAAAAGCCGUAAACAGGAAACAUGAAAAACAUGAUGAAAAAGAGUUAGAAUUGAUGAUAAAGCAACGCUUAAUAAGAAGUACUGCUUCCGAAGAUGAAAAGAACAUGUUUUCAACAAAUCCAGUCAAUUUUCCAAAUAAAGCAGAGGGGUUACAGGAGAAGCAUGUCCAGGAUGAAGCAUACACUGACUUGUUUAAAAGGACUUUGUCUCCAGGUUCAUCAGCAGAAAGGUCUUUAAAGGGAGAUUUUCACUGCAAUGAAAAAUAUUCCUCGGGAAAUGAGUGUAGUCAUCAAUCUUCAAAGGACAUUACUUCAGAUAAGAGAGAACUCAAGCCGUCACUGGGAAAUACCAGUGGUGAUGAAUUCAUGCAACUACAUGUCAGCAACAGAGAAGCACUGGAUGAUAACGCUAAUCCAGCCCAAGAGAGAGGCAGAGCGCAGAUAGCUUGUCCCUCCUCAGAUCAGCUAAUGGCAGGCAACCUUAUUAAAAAACAGGAAGGAGGAGCUGAGAAAAUUAAAAUAAAAGAUUGGGACUGUUCAAGAAGAGAUUUCCAUUUGGAAGAAUCAAUAGCAAAGGGACCUUCCAAGAAAGAUUGUGGGAAUGGUAAGAAUGAGAAGGAGAAGCAAAGAAUGCACGUAGGUGAUAAUGAGAAACAAAGCAACAAUUGUCAAUCAAUCCUCCAUGACCAAGAAAAGAUGAGCCACUCUGACAUAAGUGUGGGAGGGGUAGGAGCGAGUAGUAGAGAACUAAGUGUUCUGCUGAGUCAAGAUAGCAUGACUCCUGAACAGGUCAUCCGAGCAGAUUCAUUUCAUCCCCCAAGGAGAAAUCCAAGUUGGGGAGAAGCUGUGUUAACAACCCCAGGGCAUGCUCUCUCGACUAAUAAAGGCACUGCUUUAGGAGGUCAAGUUUGUUCAUCAAGAAAUGGGAAUGUUUCGAGGCAUGAUUAUGUUUUCCAAGUUGAAGAAGAGAAUUUAGGUUGGAUGAAUCCUGAAGAUCACAAUAAAAACAAACAGCACAAACAAUAUUGGAAUUUUCGGGAAAGUCAGGCAAAAGCAAGAGAGAAUAAGACAAAUAAAACAGAGAAGACAAAAGGACAAACAGAUUGUGAAGACAUGCGGGAAAAAAGAAAUAACACAAAGAGUCUGAAAGCUAAGCCUGCAGAAUUGUUUACCUGCCAAGAAACAGUGAGCUGUGAACUGUCUUCUCUAGCUGAUCAUGGUCUUGCUGAGAAAGCAGAAGCAGGUACAGCUUAUAUAAUUAAGACAACAUCAGAAAAUACUCUAGAAAGCAUGUCUGCUAGAGAAAAAGCAAUAAUUGCUAAGCUACCUCAAGAGACAGCACGCAGUGACAGGCCCAUCGAGGUAAAGGAAACUGUGUUUGAUCCACAUGAAGGGAGAAAUGAUGACUCACAUUAUAGCCUUUGUCAAGGAGACACAGCAGGUGUAAUCUAUGACAACAAUUUUGAAAAGGAAUCAUGUUUAGGUAUUUGUAAUGUACAUGUAGAUGAAAUGGAGAAGGAAGAAACCGUAUCUAUGUAUAAUCCUGGGAAGACACAUGACAGGAAGAAACAUGGCAUUGGAAACAGAACAUCUGUAGAAGAAUCCUUACAGGUCGUUACAAGCAAUAAAAAAGCAGCCUCAGAACUGGAUUUGCACUUGGGAAUGUUACCAACAGACAAAAAAAUAUUCCCAGAAAAUAGAGAUCAUGGGCAGGUCCAAGAAUUAUCAAAGGAAAUGGACAUUGAUACGGUUACUCAUUCUGCUUUAAACUCAGACACAAAGAGAGCGUCUCAGAAGGGCUCUCACAUUUCCAGUCACCACGCUAAAACUUCACUGUCAUCCUAUGAACAGGCAAUUGCUGGAAAGAAUACAAUUACUACCACGACUCUCCAAUCUAGUCCUGCUAAAUCAGAACAUAAUUGUAAUCCCGCAAGUGAAACCCAUGGUAUUGAGAAGUGUCCACAUCCUGGGUCUAUACCUGAAGAAGUUUCCACAAGUUCAGGAACAGAGAUGUCAGGCAGCAGGAGAGAAAGGCGUGGAGACCAGAUUUUCCAGCGAGGAGAAGGCAGUAAUGUAGGAAAAUCUCUAGGGCCAAUGAUUUUAAUCAGCGAAGCUACUGAGAAUAUGGAAGAAGAAAGGCAUAAAAAUGAAGGAUUAAUCAACUCCAGACAAUCACUGUGCUUUUCAGGUGACAGAGAAUCUGAGAGCUCUACUUCUCCUAAUCUCCCUGCCCAGGAAAGUCAAGCUCAAAGCAGUGAAUCUCUGCUUUUGAAAUACACCAACUCUAAAAUACCUUAUGUCAUUUUGUUUCUGAUAUUUCUUGUAACCAUCUACCAAUACGACUUAAUGAUCGGCUUGGCAUUCUACCUUUUUUCAUUGUACUGGCUAUCCUGGGAAGGAGGGAGACAAAAAGAGUCUGUCAAAAAGAAGUAACCUCAGCACUAUUAUUAUUCGCUCUUCAAAGAUAAGCUAUUUAGCCCCAAACAUUUGGAUUGGUGAAAAAGACUAUUCAUUGUUCAAAGAGCCAGUGCAGUUUUUCUCUUGAAGGAUCAUUUAAAAAAGAAUGCGUAUGAAGUUUGUGCCUUCAUAUAAGUAAUUAUUCUAUAUAGGACCAUUAUGUUUGGAUCAUUAAAUACCUAUAUGAACAUGAGAUCUGAAGCACGUCAGGGUGAAAUUAGGCACAGCUGUUGCUCCUUAGCAGGCUAUGAAGGCGCAAUGCUUCACGUCUCCUCACCGCUUAAGUGCCAUUGCUUGCAUUCAUUUCUUUUGCAGUAAAGCUUCAUUUUUUCCCCUGAGAGUAUUUUUCCCUCUAUCAUUUUUAAAAACAGAUAAAACAUGGACAAUGGCAGAGGACUGUUUUUGGCCUUUUAGUACUGUCCAUGAAUUUUGCAUUUACCACUGUAUCAUUUAUCAGCGUAUUUUGAUAGAUCAAGUCUUUCAGUUUCAAUUUAAUAUUUUUAAGAACACACAUGUAUAUUAAAAUGUGUAGACUUAAACUGAAGAAACAUGUUGUUUGCUUGAAUAAUACUUUAUCUGCACACAAACACAUACACCUUUUACCUCCUUUAUACCUACAAAGUCAAGGCAUUCAUGAGCCAAAUCUGACAAAGACUAAAACAGUUGGGAGAUGACCUUUCAAUUCCACAAAAUUUUCUGGGUGGCCUGUCUUUAAGCAAUUUUUCUCUUAUAAAGGGAGACUGUGUAAGACUGUGUGACAUUUUCAAUGUCAACUGUUAUUCAGAGUUCAAAUUUUAAAGGUUCACUAACAUUACAUUACAAUGAAUUUGUACACAAAGCAUUAAUGAUAAUAAUUAAAAGACUUCCAAAUGAACUAUUCUACUUGGUCGUAUUUUUUGACCUCAAACAAUUUUUUAAUUUUUUCUCAUCAUAAGACAAUGAAUUAUUCCUCAAGGUGCAUUUAGACAACAAUUAAUCAUUGGUGGUAUUUAGUAUACAAUUAUCAGGUUUUUAGAUGAUACCUCAAAUUUUAAAGUAGGCAAGUAAGUCGAUAUGGAAAUCUACUGAGGGAGAAGUAAAUAUCCAGUAUAAAAUUGAUUUUGGCUGCUGUUACUAUCUACAGCUAACUCUGUGAAAUAAUGAGACAUGAUUUUAGUCACACACAGGCAAUGCAAAGAUUCUUAUGCAAUUGAUUUCAACGACCAUUUACGCAAAAACAUGCAUGAGCUCUGUUCUAUGCCAGAACACUUCCUUUGAUACACGGAAUGGCUAGUCCUCAGGGAGGAAGCAUAGGUAUGCAGUUUGACACUUUUGACUUGGCCAGGAAUACAGAAGAGAAUCACAUCAAGGGAGCUCAUUUGGGCGAUUUCUUUUUCAUAGGAACUACUUUCACAGAGCAUGUAGCAUUGCUCUUCAGAGAGAAAAACUAAUCUGUUUAUUUACCUGUAAAGGUAAAUCUGAUAAAAGCUUGCAUUUUCAUCCCGUACUUCUAAGAAGCAUGCAUUUAUGGAAAGACAAAAUGAGAAUGAAGAAUUUUAACUGACUUUCAUGUGGUACUAAAUGAUUCCUUUAAUUUUCAUUAGGUACAGAACUAUUUCCAAAUCUCCUAAUUGCAUGCUUGUCUCAAGUCCCAUUGAAAUUGAACUUUAACAUUUUAGUUGAACAAAUACAAACAUCCUGAAGUAGAACUUAGGGCAAAUAUUUGAUUGAGAAAGCACAUUUUAAUUAAAUACAAGUGGAAUACUGUAGGCCUAGAAUAUUAUCUCUAAAAUUGCUGUCCUGAUAACUUUGUUGACAGGUCUAAAUUACAAUGGAGUUAAGGUUAGCAUUUCUUCAGUUCUUAAUAGCUUGGUUUUUCAUUCUACCUCUAAGAGUUUCAGUCAAUAUACCAUAUCUUAUUAAUGCCAAGAACACUACAGUACUUUAUGAACACAGGUGCACAAACUGCAGUUAUUCCCUUAUACAUUAAAGAAUGUAACUUCUUUUAUCUCUUUUAUUUGACUUUUGGUAGCAUUAACUUAUUAAACAUUCUCAUGCAUACUUAUACUAUGCUGAUAGAAGUUUCAAAGAAUUUAAAUAUUCAAAUGUGUAUGAAUCUGCAUGCAAUGAAGAAAAAAAUUGGUGAUUUAGCUGACUUUCCAAACAUUACUUAUGAAGAAUUUGAAAUAGUCAUAAGAACUUAGGAAACUACUGUUAGGUACAGAGGUAGAGUUUUGAAACAUAUUUUAGUCACAUCAUUAUGUUGAACAAGAAAAGUAGAUCUGAGGAAGAACUGGCAACACCUGGUUAAUAAAGAUUUGGUUGAAUCAUCAGGACGAUCUCUAUAAACAUAGCUGCCUUCAUCGUCUUCUCAAGUAUCGAUUCAGAACCACAAGAGGGCGUGGCAUGAGGAUAAGCCAAGGGAAAUGCGUUACGCAUUUGCUUCUUACAGCGGGUAAGAAAUGUGAUAUAAUAACCAUCGCCUUUUAUCUUGCUGGGUUUCUGAUGGUUAGAAACAAAAUUCUAAAAAUUAAUUGGCAAGUGAAGCAAGUGUAAGUAGUAAAAUCAACUAUCUUAAAAAAAUCAAUCUGUAUAAGCCAUCAAUAUCUCUAUGUUUUUCAGUGUUAAGAGGAAAUGAAUCAUUGAAAUGAAUUUACCACUUAACGUUCAAGAACAUUGGACUAAUACAGUCGUGUUUCCCUGCUGAGCUGCAAUAUUUUGA